AUGCAAGUGAUUAUUGUGCUGAGUUUGUGUGUGGCCGCUGUAACAGCCCAAGUUACAUACUCGAGAUCACAAAGUAAAAGUGAAAGUGGCAGUAUUGCCAUUCCUAGUUAUGGUGGAUACCCUGCUGGUGGUGGCUAUGGUUAUCCUGGUGGUGGCGGCGGCGGCUAUGGAGGCUAUGGUUAUCCUGGUGGUGGUGGUGGUGGUGGUGGCGGAUAUGGGGGCUAUGGGGGCUAUGGAGGCUAUGGAGGCUAUGGAGGCUACGGGGGCGGAGGCAGACAUCAUCAUCAUCGUCAUCGCGGCGGCUACUACGUUAAAUGA